AUGAGUUACUUCAAUACGUUGAUAAAUCUAAGUACCGCAUUGAUUUUCGCCCAAGUGUUCCAGAUUAUUCUAACAUGUUUGUUAGCAUUUGCAUUUACUCAUUUCAUGACGGUCCUCCAUUGCAGCGUACCUACAACUGCCGGUCUCCUUGCUGGAUUUAUCACGCUUCCAACAGUCGUACAACUGAAAACAGCCCAGAUUAAAAUGCAAACAUAUAAAACAAUGAGUUUUACUAUUUGGUAUAAACGUCUAGCCAUAUGCACAUGUACAAUUCUACAGAGUGUUUCCUUUUCACUUGCCCUGGUAAAUUUAUUUGCUGCUAAAAGCUGUAAGGAUACGUUUAUGAAGAUUAUGCAUGAUUAUGGCAACAAACAAAGUGCAAAAAGCAUUGUUGAUAAUGUACAAUGGUUUAUACAAUGUUGCGGUGCUGCUGGUUAUAAGGAUUG